AUGAAGACAGGAGCCACGUUCAAGGGCCUUGUCCAGCUUGCUGAGGAUCAACGGAAAUCGCAUGCGAUCAAAUCAAGGACUGUCUUGGGCUCUCCUCCCCCUGAUGAUCUUUCCGAUCAGCCACAACCGACCUGGUCUUCUUCCCCUGGACGUAACAUCACACAAUUCCUCCGAGCUCACGCUUACUUGCUCACUGCUCGAGCCCAGCUGAGCUCUUUGGCUUCGAGUAUCCUUCCCCCCACCUUUUCCACCUUCCCUUUCUCCCCCCCCCCAACUCGCCCUGCCACUAGACUUCAGACUUCAGACUCAAAGAUGGACCCAACGCAGUGGACAAGCACCAGCCUCAGCGCCAUCGGUCUCGCAACCGUAUCCUACAUCACCUACAAAUUCCUCCGCCAAGCCUCCGUCUACCUCCUCCCCUGUCAAUUAUCCCGCUACAACCGAGGCGGCAACAACUGGGCCUUGGUCACCGGCGCCACGGAUGGCAUCGGAUUCGGCUUCUGCCAGGAGCUCUGCGCACGCGGAUUCAACGUGAUCCUUCACGGGCGCAACGUGGAGAAAUUGACCCGACGCGCCCACGAACUCCAGGCCGAGUUCCCCACGCGCAAGACAGGCAUCGUGGUUCUAGACGUGACCGGGACCGACCACGAUGUCGACGGUGUCACGGAGGAAGUUCGUCGCAUCAUCGGCACCCAGGGCAAAUUGAGCGUGUUGGUGAAUAAUGUCGGCGGGGAGACGAGGCCGGCGACCGCGUUGACGUCCUUGACGGCUUCGGAUGUGGACGCGACGGUUCAUCGAAAUGCGCGAUUCAUGGCGCAGAUCACGCGAGUCGUGCUUCCCUUUUUGGAAGAGGGCAGUGAGAGGGGGGAUCCGUCGGGAUUCAUUCUCAAUGUCUCUUCGUUUUCGUACUAUGGACUGCCUUAUCUGAGCAUCUACUCGGCGACCAAGGGCUUUGUCACGACAUUGACGCGCGCCUUGGAGGCAGAGUGUAAGGCUGAGGGUCGUGGGGUCGGCGUGAUGGGUCUCAUCGUCGGCGAGGUGAAGACGGCGGGUUAUCAGGUGGAAAGCACUCUGUUUAUUCCCCCGGCUCGCUCACUGGCGCAGUCGGCUCUCAAUCGAGUCGGGUGUGGCCGAGUGAUGGUGGCGCCGUAUUUCUGGCAUUGGGUACAGGGCAUCUCGUUUGAGAUCUUUCCCCGGUGGAUGUUGAUGAAAUUCAGCGUGCAAAAGAUGCAGUCCAUCAAGGCAACAGUGGAGAAAUCAGCCAAAAGCAACUAG